AUGUCCUCGUACGCACACGCUACCAAGCAGUGGCUCCCGAGCAACCAGCCCACCCCCGACCCGGCCUUCCUCGACGGCCUCCAGCCGGCCAACCUCAAGUCGCAUCCCACCAUCGACGACUCGGCGUCCCUCGCCCACCCGAGUCCGCCCUUGACCCCGCCAGGCGACCUCAGCAGCGCCGACGACGCCGACCGCGCACCCUCGAGCAGCGCCCAGGCCCUGCGCCAGCGCAAGCACAAGCCGACCUCGUCCCGUGACCACCACGCGCCAAAGGCCGACACCGGCAACAAGAAGCGCGUCCCGGGCGAGGGCUUUGCCCAGAGCAUCCCGGGCCAGGUCAGUGAGCGGCGCCACGUCCACGAGGACCUCGACCACCGCAUCGCCCAACCCUGGGUUCCUCGCGCCAACAUUGCUGCGACGCCCGAGCACCCGUACGGCACUACCGCCGGCGGCUACGCCGAGCUACACAAGGACGAGCCCGUCCUCGGCCAGCACGUCGCCUUCUUCGACAAGGACCGCGACAACAUCCUGUGGCCCCUCGACACGUGGCGCGGGUUCCGCGAGAUGGGCUACUCGUUCUUCUGGUGCACGUUCGCCAUGAGCGUCAUCCACUUCUUCUUCUCGUGGUUCUCGGCGCCGGGCUUCCUCCCCGACCCGUUCUUCCGCAUCUUCCUCAAGAACGGCCACCGCACCAAGCACGGCAGCGACACGGGCGUGUACGACUCGGAGGGCCGCUUCAUCCCGGCCAAGUUCGAGGAGAUCUUCUCCAAGUUCGACAAGGGCAACAAAGGCGGCCUGGCAUUCAAGGAGGGCGUGCAGAUGAUCCACGCGCAGCGGCAGGCGGCGGACCCGAUCGGUUGGGCCGGCGAGACGUUUGAGUGGGCGAGCACCUACCUCCUCAUCUGGCCCAAGGACGGCAUCUGCGACAAGGAGUCGAUCCGCACGGUGUACGACGGCUCAAUCUUCUUCGUCGUCGCCGCCGAGGAGCGCAAGCGCCAGGCCGCCCGUCGCGAGGCGCGCAAGUCGAUGACGCUCUUCCAGAAGGUCCUCGACUCGGUACCCGGCCCGUGGAAGGGCUGGCACAAGGAGAACAAGGCGGCCAACUUUGAGUGGACGGCCGACAAGUUCCGCAUGUGAGGAGCGAGGCGCUUGGGGAGGGCGAGGAGGAUGCGGGCGAGCUGGAGCAAAGAGGAGGUCGAAGCGAGGAGAGGAUGUGUGAGCGGGCGACGCGCUUGAUGUUUCUGCGUCCUUUCCGUUCCGUGCAUACAGCUCUGUGCUGCAGUGUAGAUAGCUGUACCGUCCC